CUCUAACAAAUGCGUCACUUCGCAAAAUAAUUCCAUCGUCCUCACCGAGUCAAGGGUCUUUUAAAUAGUCGCAAAUAUUUUAUUCAUGGAUUCGAACAUGAAAAUCUGAAGGGCUGUUUUAGAACAAGAAAUAAUAAGAUGGCAGGCGCGGCGUCUAGGAGAAGCUUCAACCACGGUUCCCCAUUUAAAUAUGUCAAUUUUCGUGUUCGAAUUCCUAAUCAGGAAGGGAAUGUGGUUUGUCUAGUAGGCAGCGGAGAUGAGCUUGGAAACUGGGAUCCUCGCGGGGCAAAAGUCAUGCACCUGUACGUAUAGCUUGCAUUUUUUUUUACUUGACAUUCAAUUAAUCUGUCAUUAUCUAAAACUGCAUUAUAAUAAUUAUUAUUAUUACUAUUAUUAAAGAGGUCUUAUAUAGCGCGAUACCUCAUCCUAGGGCUAGGCUCACCACGCUUUACAUACAAAUAGCAAAAUGAAAGAAAAAAAAAAAAGAAAUAUGACACUAACAAACAUUAUAAUUUAGAGGAAAAAUAACAACUUAAUUAAAAAAAAAACGCUGAGUCGCUAGACUUGUUUACACUUAUAACAACACACAAUUUUAAUAAAUACAAAUUCAUUUUAUUUUCACAAAACCUAUCAGGACCAUUCCAUUUAUAUAAUAUGUGACACCAUAUCAGAAAUAUUUUCCUUUUGCUAUGAUCAGUUUCAGAUAAAACCACACGUUUUUUUAUUUUUAAAGAAAAGGACCAAUCUAUUUCCUAACGUGAAAAACAACAACAACAAAACAGUGUUGCAUAACAACUUUUCGCCACAUACAACCUCCAUUUCAUAAUAAUAAUAAUAAGAGGUCUUAUAUAGCGCGGUACCCCAGCCUAGGGCUGGGCUCACCGCGCUGUACAUAAAAAUUUUAUCAAAAGAGACAUACUCAUGACAUUAAAAUAAAAUACAUUUAUGAAAUAAAGAACAGCAAUGUAUAUUCACCCACCCCACCACAUAACUUUUACAAGACAAGCCAUGGACGGCAACCAGCAAGAUCGUUUAUCGGUCAGAGGAGGGGACUCAGUCAGGGUAGUAUAAUGUAAAAAGAUAUAUUUUGAGUGCAGUUUUGAAGGCCUGGGUGGUUGGUAUAUGGCGCCUCUGUAGUGGCAAAGAAUUCCAUUGUUUGGGGGCGCAGAAAGAGAAAGAACGUUCACCAUAUGAUUUAGUGUGUGUCUUGCGAACGGACAGAAUACGCGUGUCUGCAGAGGAGUGAAGCCGUUGAAGGGGUGAAUAGACAGAAAGAAGUUCGGUUAGAUAGGAAUGGCAAGAAUCCAAGAAAAGUCCAUCUAACAUCAACACCAACACUCUCCCCGCUCCAUCUAUUUCCACUUUUCUUACACACCCACCAACACUCCAUUUCUUGGCAGCGAUGCGGACAACAACAUCUGGUGCUGCAACGUCAUGCUGCCCAGUCCAGAAGUGUUCCGUUACAGGUAUUUUGUGUGCCGUCCUCUGUGGCAUGAAGUCAAAGACAGAUGCAGGUAAGCGCUUAUCUACUAAGACACAACACAUUAUCUCAUAAAAAAAUGACAGCAUCAUGACCUAUUCUCUCCGAUGAACGAAUGGCAUUUAUCUGCACCAGACCAGAGUUAAUAAAAUAUUUUAUGACCAGGGCUGGAUUGAAGAAUUUUGAAUGAGAUAAUUCAAAAUUUAAUUUUGCUCUUAAUUCAUUAAUUACCCAUUUCUAACGGAUUUAGAUUUUUGAAGAAAAAACAACUUAACACCCCAAGCAAGUUUAUGUCAGCUCAAGGUGCUUCAAUACUGCAGGUGUUUCAUUAGUGCAGGUGCUUCAUUAGUGCAGGUGCUUCAUUAGUGCAGGUGCUUCACCACUGCAGGUGCUUCAUUAGUGCAGGUGUUUCAUUAGUGCAGGUGUUUCAUUAGUGCAGGUGCUUCAUUAGUGCAGGUGCUUCACUACUGCAGGUGCUUCAUUAGUGCAGGUGUUUCAUUAGUGCAGGUGCUUCAUUAGUGCAGGUGCUUCAUUAGUGCAGGUGCUUCACCACUGCAGGUGCUUCAUUAGUGCAGGUGUUUCAUUAGUGCAGGUGCUUCAUUAGUGCAGGUGCUUCAUUAGUGCAGGUGCUUCACCACUGCAGGUGCUUCAUUAGUGCAGGUGUUUAUGUCAGCUCAAAGUGCUUCAAUACUGCAGGUGUUUCAUUAGUGCAGGUGCUUCAUUAGUGCAGGUUCUUCAUUAGUGCAGGUGCUUCACCACUGCAGGUGCUUCAUUAGUGCAGGUGUUUCAUUAGUGCAGGUGUUUCAUUAGUGCAGGUGCUUCAUUAGUGCAGGUGCUUCACAACUGCAGGUGCUUCAUUAGUGCAGGUGUUUCAUUAGUGCAGCUGUUUCAUUAGUGCAGGUGCUUCAUUAGUGCAGGUGCGUCACCACUGCAGGUGCUUCAUUAGUGCAGGUGUUUCAUUAGUGCAGGUGCUUCAUUAGUGCAGGUGCUUCACCACUGCAGGUGCUUCAUUAGAGCAGGUGUUUCAUUAGUGCAGGUGCUUCAUUAGUGCAGGUGCUUCACCACUGCAGGUGCUUCAUUAGUGCAGAUGCUUCACUACUGCAGGUGCUUCACUACUGCAGAUGCUUCAUUAGUGCAGGUGCUUCACUACUCCAGGUGCUUCACUACUGCAGAUGCUUCAUUAGUGCAGGUGCUUCAUUAGUGCAGGUGCUUCACUACUGCAGAUGCUUCACCACUGCAGCUGCUUCACUACUGCAGGUGCUUUACUACUGUAGGUGCUUUACUAAUGCAGGUGCUUCACUACUACAGAUGCUUCACUACACCAGAUGCGUCACUACUGCAGAUGCUUCACCACUGCAGGUGCUUCACCACUGCAGGUGCUUUACUACUGCAGGUGCUUCACUACUGUAGAUGCUUCACUACUGCAGAUGCUUCACUACUGCAGGGGCUUCACUACUACAGGUGCUUCAUUACUACAGAUUCUUCACCACUGCAGGUGCUUAUCUACUGCUGGUGCUUGUUGCAGACAUAGUCCAAUAGAAUCACGUCUCUGACGUAGUACAACAUAAACACAGUUUUGUCUUAAUAAUCGAAAAAUUGACGCAGCCCGUCUACAUUGAAAACAACGACUGAUGACAACCGACUGAUGACAACCCACUGAUGACAGCCCACUGAUGACAACCCACUGAUGACAGCCCACUGAUGACACACCCAUGAUGACAACCCACUGAUGACAGCCCACUGAUGACAGCCCACUGAUGACACACCCAUGAUGACAACCCACUGAUGACAGCCCACUGAUGACAUCCCACUGAUGACACACCCAUGAUGACAACCCACUGAUGGCAACACGCUGAUGAAAACCCACUGAUGACAACUUUCUAAUGGCAACCCACUGAUGACAACUUUCUAAUGGCAACCCACUGAUGACAACUCACCGAUGAAAGCCCACUGAUGACAAUCCACUGAUUACAAUCUACUGAUGACAGCCAACUGAUGACAACCCCAUGAUGGCAACCCACUGAUGACAACUUUCUAAUGGCAACCCAAUGAUGACAACUUUCUAAUGGCAACCCACUGAUGACAACUUUCUAAUGGCAACCCACUGAUGACAACUCACCGAUGAAAGCCCACUGAUGACAAUCCACUGAUUACAAUCUACUGAUGACAGCCAACUGAUGACAACCCCAUGAUGGCAAUCCAAUGAUGACAACUUUCUGAUUGCAACCCACUGAUGCCAAUCCACUGAUGACAAUCAAACGAUAACAACCCACUGAUGACAACCCACCGAUGGCAACCCACCCAUGACAACCCACUGAUUACAAACCAUUGAUGACAAUCCACUGAUUACAAUCCCCUGAUGACAAUCAACGGAUGACAACCAACUGAUGAAAGCCAACUGAUGACAACCCACUGAAGGCAGCAAAGUAAUGAGAACUAACUGAUGACAACUAACUGAUGACCACCGACUAAUGACAGCCAAGUGAUGACAACCAAAUGAUGAUAAAAAGACUUUGCCAGUGCCAUUCUAGAUAUGCUAAUCAACUAUGUCAAAGGUCACUUUAUUACCCAACUAAGAUAACAUGUGACAGUAACAUUACUAUAAGCCUAAAUUUAAAAAAAAAAGCCUAGAUUUUCUUUGAUUAGUACAGUGGUCGGAAAACUCAGUAGUGAUGUAUCCAGUAGGCCAGUGGAAGGCAAACUCAUUUGUGAUGUAUCCAGUAGGCCAGUGGAAGGCAAACUCAUUUGUGAUGUAUCCAGUAGGCCAGUGGAAGGCAAACUCAUUAGUGAUGUAUCCAGUAGGCCAGUGGAAGGCAAACUCAUUAUUGAUGUAUCCAGUAGGCCAGUGGAAGGCAAACUCAUUUGUGAUGUAUCCAGUAGGCCAGUGGAAGGCAAACUCAUUUGUGAUGUAUCCAGUAGGCCAGUGGUAGGCAAACUCAUUUGUGAUGUAUCCAGUAGGCCAGUGGAAGGCAAACUCAUUUGUGAUGUAUCCAGUAGGCCAGUGGAAGGCAAACUCAUUUGUGAUGUAUCCAGUAGGCCAGUGGUAGGCAAACUCAUUUGUGAUGUAUCCAGUAGGCCAGUGGAAGGCAAACUCAUUUGUGAUGUAUCCAGUAGGCCAGUGGAAGGCAAACUCAUUUGUGAUGUAUCCAGUAGGCCAGUGGAAGGCAAACUCAUUUGUGAUGUAUCCAGUAGGCCAGUGGAAGGCAAACUCAUUUGUGAUGUAUCCAGUAGGCCAGUGGUAGGCAAACUCAUUUGUGAUGUAUCCAGUAGGCCAGUGGUAGGCAAACUCAUUUGUCAAAAGAGCUAAAGAUCAGCAGCAGGACGAUUAUAAAUUUUUUUGAUGGCCCAAUUUCUUUUCACGGACAGUUUUUUUUUCCGAGUCGAAGCUGAUUUGUGGCCGACUGGCCGAGCCGCACUUAGGUGAUCAAAGAGCCACGAUUUUCCGACCACUGGACUAGUAGAAUGUUAAAGCGCAGCAAUUAGUAACUGUAUUGAAUAAAAAACACUAUAAAUAAAUUAACAUAGAGUAAAAAGUCAGUGUCCUCUAUACUUAUAUUACACCGGAGCCCCAAAUACAUUUUCGUCCACCGAUUAUUCAACAUUCCCCACUACUGGACAAAAUAAAAAUAUUUUUUAAAAUCCACUAUAGUCAAACUCUUGUAUUUACAGCAAAGAUGACAUUUUGAACCAAACUCUUUUAUUUACAGCAAAGAUGACAUUUUGAACCAAAUUCUUUUAUUUACAGCAAAUAUGACAUUUUGAACCAAAUUCUUUUAUUUACAGCAAAUUUGAGAUUUUGAACCAAACUCUUUUAUUUACAGCAAAGAUGACAUUUUGAACCAAAAUCUUUUAUUUACAGCAAAGAUGACAUUUUGAACCAAACUCUUUUAUUUACAGCAAAGAUGAAAUUUUGAACCGAAUUCUUGUAUGUACAGCAAAGAUGACAUUUUGAACCAAACUCUUGUAUUUACAGCAAAGAUGACAUUUUGAAACAAACUCUUGUAUUUACAGCAAAGAUGACAUUUUGAACCAAAUUCUUUUAUUUACAGCAAAGAUGACAUUUUGAACCAAACUCUUUUAUUUACAGCAAAGAUGACAUUUUGAACCAAAUUCUUGUAUGUACAGCAAAGAUGACAUUUUGAACCAAACUCUUGUAUUUACAGCAAAGAUGACAUUUUGAAACAAACUCUUGUAUUUACAGCAAAGAUGACAUUUUGAACCAAACUCUUGUAUUUACAGCAAAGUUGACGUUUUGAAAGACGCAUCUGGAAUUUCAGUACUAUUCUGGGAGUCCAACAUAGUUUGUCGUUUGAUACAAACCAGGUGGGUGUCCUCCAUAAGUGACAAAUCAUAAAACCCUGGCUAGACCUAUAGAUAUAUAUUCUACUCUAUUUAACAGAUUAGAUAUCCCCCCCCCCCUUUCCAUUUUCAUAUCCCACCCGAAAUGAUCCCACCUGAAAUUGAUUCACAUUUUAAAUCCGAAAUCAAGAAAUCAGCAAAUGUUGGAAGCCUUUAAAUGUUCAUAUACUAAAAGUCUUCACAUCUACUAUUUUUUUUUACUCAAAUUAAUUUUUUUCCUCAUAAGGAAAUACCACGAGAAACGUACAGUUUUUUUAAAUUUUAAAAAAAAAGGGUUCCUUGAACUCUGUCCAUUCUUUAAACUGUAGAUUUUAAAAUGUUAAGUUCAACCCUCGCCCCCCCUCUCCCCUCUCCCCUUCCGUUUUUUUUUACUACCUCGACGUCAGGUCAGGCCGUUGCAGUUAUUUUUUUUUACCCAAAUUAAUUUUUUUCCUCAUAAGGAAAUACCACGGGAAACGUACAGUUUUUUUAAAUUUUAAAAAAAAAGGGUUCCUUGAACUCUGUCCAUUCUUUAAACUGUAGAUUUUAAAAUGUUAAGUUCAACCACCCCCCCCCCCUCUCACUUUGGUCUCCCAGGAUACUACCCGAGCAAUUCGACAUGCCGAUUGUGGACUUUUCUGUACGCUACCACCACUACAGCGAGUGGACAAGGGGAUGGCUCUUUGACACCGAGGAGAUCAGGCUGAGAAUCGCGGGGAAGAGCCCCAUUGAAAUUACAUCACUGCCUGCCGGAAAAAAUAUCCUCUUAGGGAUAAGGUAAUGCCAGGCAUACAAAAGUAUGUGCAAGACUUGCAGUGAAGCCAUGCAUCCCAAAUCCAACCAACAACCAGCCAUACAAACACAACAAGCCCAUUUGAAACCAUCCAUUCUUCCACCAGGUGUACACCAAAGAACUUCAAGGCCAUGAGCCAGCUGAGAACCUUGCCGCCAGUUCUAAGCAGAGAAUCAGGCGUUAGAUACGGUCGCCUUGCUAACGCUACAACCCUGCCCAUUUCUUCCUUCUACACUGGUAUCUGCGGCCCAGGGGAUUUCAACAACCUCAUUUGUAAAGACAACGAAUCUCCGUUUUGUGGCGACAUUUUUAUGUCGAAGGUAAGAAAGUCGCAUUGUCUGGAAUGACACAGAGCAAGGAUCGGGACAGUAGCAUCCUUACAGCCCACUCAAUGCUCUUCUGGCCUACUGAACGUACUUAUAGCUUACUCAGUGUACUUCUGCUUCUUAUAUUUGAGGGGCCUACUUAUGGCCUACUGAAUGCACUUAUAGCCUACUGAAUGCACUUAUAGCCCACUGAAUGCACUUAUAGCCUACUGAAUGCACUUAUAGCCUACUGAAUGCAAAUAUAAUCUACUGAAAGUACUUACAACCUACUGAAAGUACUUAUAGCCUACUGAAUGUAGUUACUGCCUACGUAAUGUACUUUUAGCCUACAUAAAGUACUUAUAUCCUACUGAAUGCACUUAUAGCCUACUGCCUGCACGUAUGUCUACUGAAAGUACUUAUAUCCUACUGAAUGCACUUAUAGCCUACUGCAUGCACUUAUGUCUACUGAAAGUAUUUAUAGCCUACUGAAUGCACUUAUUGCCUACUGAAAGUACCUAUUGCCUACUUAAAAAACUUAUAGCCCACUGAAUGCACUUAUAGCCUACUGCAUGCACUUAUGUCUACUGAAUGUACUUAAAGCCUACUGAUUGUACCUACUUCCUACUGAAUGUACUUAAAGCCUACGGAUUGUCCUUAUAGCCUACUGAAUGUACUUAAAGCCUACUGAGUACCCCUACAGCAGAUUACUGAAAAGAGUUAAAACCUACUGAACGGCGUCAUAGAAUACUAGUUUCCUGGGAAUUUUCAUGUCAUUCAUUUUACUCACAGCAGUUUUGAAAUUAAUUUGUAAAAAAAAAAAAUAGCUUUUCAAAUUUCGUCUACCCCUUCAUCAUGUUUUAUAGUAUGCCAGCUCGCGCCUUCAUCUAUUGUAUUCCCCCGUGUUCAGUUGGACGGAGUCAAGUGUAUACCAGCCCUUCAAGAAGCUGGUGGCAUCCUGUGUUGUCCCAAUGAGUUUAUCACCUUUAAUGUCAACACGUGCAACGCAGCUGCUCUAGGCUUCAGGUUAGUGGGUUUGGUCAAAAGCUAUAGGCUUAAGGUGAGUGGGUUGGGUCAAAAGCUCUAGGCUUAAAGUGAGUGGGUUUGGUCAAAAGCUCUAGGCUUAAGGUGAGUGGGUUUGGUCAAAAGCUAUAGGCUUAAAGUGAGUGGGUUUGGUCAAAAGCUAUAGGCUUAAAAUGAGUGGUUUGGUCAAAAGCUAUAGGCUUAAAGACUCACCCAAACCAGUUUUCGACUAGGCUUAAGGUGAGUGGGUUAGGUCAAAAGCUAUAGGCUUAAAGUGAGUGGGUUUGGUCAAAAGCUAUAGGCUUAAAGUGAGUGGGUUUGGUCAAAAGCUAUAGGCUUAAAGUGAGUGGGUUUGGUGAAAAGCUAUAGGCUUAAAUAGAGUGGGUUUGGUCAAAAGCCAUAGGCUUUAAGUGAGUGGGUUUGGUCAAAAGCUCUAGGCUUUAAGUGAGUGGGUUUGGUCAAAAGGUCUAGGCUUAAAGUGAGUGGGUUUGGUCAAAAGCUAUAGGCUUAAAGUGAGUGGGUUUGGUCAAAAGGUCUAGGCUUAAAGUGAGUGGGUUUGGUCAAAAUGUCUAGGCUUGAAGUGAGUGGGUUUGGUCAAAAGCUCUAGGCUUAAGGGGAGUGGGUUUGGUCAAAAGCCAUAGGCUUUAAGUGAGUGGGUUUGGUCAAAAGCUAUAGGCUUAAAGUGAGUGGGUUUGGUCAAAAGCUAUAGGCUUAAAAUGAGUGGUUUGGUCAAAAGCUAUAGGCUUAAAGUGAGUGGGUUUGGUCAAAAGCUAUAGGCUUAAAGUGAGUGGGUUUGGUCAAAAGCUAUAGGCUUAAAGUGAGUGGGUUUGGUCAAAAGCUAUAGGCUUAAAGUGAGUGGGUUUGGUCAAAAGCUAUAGGCUUAAAGUGAGUGGGUUUGGUCAAAAGCUAUAGGCUUAAAGUGAGUGGGUUUGGUCAAAAGCUAUAGGCUUAAAGUGAGUGGGUUUGGUCAAAAGCUAUAGGCUUAAAGUGAGUGGGUUUGGUCAAAAGCUAUAGGCUUAAAGUGAGUGGGUUUGGUCAAAAGCUAUAGGCUUAAAGUGAGUGGGUUUGGUCAAAAGCUAUAGGCUUAAAGUGAGUGGGUUUGGUCAAAAGCUAUAGGCUUAAAGUGAGUGGGUUUGGUCAAAAGCUAUAGGCUUAAAGUGAGUGGGUUUGGUCAAAAGCUAUAGGCUUAAAGUGAGUGGGUUUGGUCAAAAGCUAUAGGCUUAAAGUGAGUGGGUUUGGUCAAAAGCUAUAGGCUUAAAGUGAGUGGGUUUGGUCAAAAGCUAUAGGCUUAAAGUGAGUGGGUUUGGUCAAAAGCUAUAGGCUUAAAGUGAGUGGGUUUGGUCAAAAGCUAUAGGCUUAAAGUGAGUGGGUUUGGUCAAAAGCUAUAGGCUUAAAGUGAGUGGGUUUGGUCAAAAGCUCUAGGCUUAAGGUGAGUGGGUUUGGUCAAAAGCUAUAGGCUUAAAGUGAGUGGGUUUGGUCAAAAGCUAUAGGCUUAAAGUGAGUGGGUUUGGUCAAAAGCUCUAGGCUUAAGGUGAGUGGGUUUGGUCAAAAGCUCUAGGCUUAAAGUGAGUGGGUUUGGUCAAAAGCUCUAGGCUUAAGGUGAGUGGGUUUGGUCAAAAGCUAUAGGCUUAAAGUGAGUGGGCUUGGUCAAAAGCUAUAGGCUUAAAGUGAGUGGGUUUGGUCAAAAGCUCUAGGCUUAAGGUGAGUUGUUUUGGUCAAAAGCUCUAGGCUUAAAGUGAGUGGGUUUGGUCAAAAGCUAUAGGCUUAAAAGGAGUGGGUUUGGUCAAAAGCUAUAGGCUUAAAGUGAGUGGUUUUGGUCAAAAGCUAUAGGCUUAAAGUGAGUGGGUUUGGUCAAAAGCUAUAGGCUUGAAGUGAGUGGGUUUGGUCAAAAGCUCUAGGCUUAAGGUGAGUGGGUUUGGUCAAAAGCUAUAGGCUUAAAGUGAGUGGGUUUGGUCAAAAGCUAUAGGCUUAAAGUGAGUGGGUUUGGUCAAAAGCUCUAGGCUUAAGGUGAGUGGGUUUGGUCAAAAGCUAUAGGCUUAAAGUGAGUGGGUUUGGUCAAAAGCUAUAGGCUUAAAGUGAGUGGGUUUGGUCAAAAGCUAUAGGCUUAAAGUGAGUGGGUUUGGUCAAAAGCUAUAGGCUUAAAGUGAGUGGGUUUGGUCAAAAGCUAUAGGCUUAAAGUGAGUGGGUUUGGUCAAAAGCUAUAGGCUUAAAGUGAGUGGGUUUGGUCAAAAGCUAUAGGCUUAAAGUGAGUGGGUUUGGUCAAAAGCUAUAGGCUUAAAGUGAGUGGGUUUGGUCAAAAGCUAUAGGCUUAAAGUGAGUGGGUUUGGUCAAAAGCUAUAGGCUUAAAGUGAGUGGGUUUGGUCAAAAGCUAUAGGCUUAAAGUGAGUGGGUUUGGUCAAAAGCUAUAGGCUUAAAGUGAGUGGGUUUGGUCAAAAGCUAUAGGCUUAAAGUGAGUGGGUUUGGUCAAAAGCUAUAGGCUUAAAGUGAGUGGGUUUGGUCAAAAGCUAUAGGCUUAAAGUGAGUGGGUUUGGUCAAAAGCUAUAGGCUUAAAGUGAGUGGGUUUGGUCAAAAGCUAUAGGCUUAAAGUGAGUGGGUUUGGUCAAAAGCUAUAGGCUUAAAGUGAGUGGGUUUGGUCAAAAGCUCUAGGCUUAAGGUGAGUGGGUUUGGUCAAAAGCUAUAGGCUUAAAGUGAGUGGGUUUGGUCAAAAGCUCUAGGCUUAAUGUGAGUGGGUUUGGUCAAAAGCUAUAGGCUUAAGGUGAGUGGGUUUGGUCAAAAGCUCUAGGAUUAAGGUGAGUGGAAUUGGUCAAAAGCUAUAGGCUUAAGGUGAGUGGGUUUGGUCAAAAGCUCUAGGCUUAAGGUGAGUGGGUUUGGUCAAAAGCUCUAGGCUUAAGGUGAGUGGGUUUGGUCAAAAGCUAUAGGCUUAAAGUGAGUGGGUUAGGUCAAACGCUAUAGGCUUAAAGUGAGUGGGUUUGGUCAAAAGCUAUAGGCUUAUCGUGAGUGGGUUUGGUCAAAAGCUAUAGGCUUAAAGUGAGUGGGUUUGGUCAAAAGCUAUAGGCUUAAAGUGAGUGGGUUUGGUCAAAAGCUAUAGGCUUAAAGUGAGUGGGUUUGGUCAAAAGCUAUAGGCUUAAAGUGAGUGGGUUUGGUCAAAAGCUAUAGGCUUAAAGUGAGUGGGUUUGGUCAAAAGCUAUAGGCUUAAAGUGAGUGGGUUUGGUCAAAAGCUAUAGGCUUAAAGUGAGUGGGUUUGGUCAAAAGCUAUAGGCUUAAAGUGAGUGGGUUUGGUCAAAAGCUAUAGGCUUAAAGUGAGUGGGUUUGGUCAAAAGCUAUAGGCUUAAAGUGAGUGGGUUUGGUCAAAAGCUAUAGGCUUAAAGUGAGUGGGUUUGGUCAAAAGCUAUAGGCUUAAAGUGAGUGGGUUUGGUCAAAAGCUAUAGGCUUAAAGUGAGUGGGUUUGGUCAAAAGCUAUAGGCUUAAAGUGAGUGGGUUUGGUCAAAAGCUAUAGGCUUAAAGUGAGUGGGUUUGGUCAAAAGCUAUAGGCUUAAAGUGAGUGGGUUUGGUCAAAAGCUAUAGGCUUAAAGUGAGUGGGUUUGGUCAAAAGCUAUAGGCUUAAAGUGAGUGGGUUUGGUCAAAAGCUAUAGGCUUAAAGUGAGUGGGUUUGGUCAAAAGCUAUAGGCUUAAAGUGAGUGGGUUUGGUCAAAAGCUAUAGGCUUAAAGUGAGUGGGUUUGGUCAAAAGCUAUAGGCUUAAAGUGAGUGGGUUUGGUCAAAAGCUAUAGGCUUAAAGUGAGUGGGUUUGGUCAAAAGCUAUAGGCUUAAAGUGAGUGGGUUUGGUCAAAAGCUAUAGGCUUAAAGUGAGUGGGUUUGGUCAAAAGCUAUAGGCUUAAAGUGAGUGGGUUUGGUCAAAAGCUAUAGGCUUAAAGUGAGUGGGUUUGGUCAAAAGCUAUAGGCUUAAAGUGAGUGGGUUUGGUCAAAAGCUAUAGGCUUAAAGUGAGUGGGUUUGGUCAAAAGCUAUAGGCUUAAAGUGAGUGGGUUUGGUCAAAAGCUAUAGGCUUAAAGUGAGUGGGUUUGGUCAAAAGCUAUAGGCUUAAAGUGAGUGGUUUUGGUCAAAAGCUAUAGGCUUAAAGUGAGUGGGUUUGGUCAAAAGCUAUAGGCUUAAAGUGAGUGGGUUUGGUCAAAAGCUCUAGGCUUAAAGUGAGUGGGUUUGGUCAAAAGCUCUAGGCUUAAGGUGAGUGUGUUUGUUCAAAAGCUCUAGGCUUAAAGUGAGUGGGUUUGGUCAAAAGCUAUAGGCUUAAAAGGAGUGGGCUUGGUCAAAAGCUCUAGGCUUAAAGUGAGUGGGUUUGGUCAAAAGCUAUAGGCUUAAAGUGAGUGGGUUUGGUCAAAAGCUAUAGGCUUAAAAGGAGUGGAUUUGGUCAAUAGCUCUAGGCUUAAAGUGAGUGGGUUUGGUCAAAAGCUAUAGGCUUAAAGUGAGUGGGUUUGGUCAAAAGCUAUAGGCUUAAAGUGAGUGGGUUUGGUCAAAAGGUCUAGGCUUAAAGUGAGUGGGUUUGGUCAAAAGCUAUAGGCUUAAAGUGAGUGGGUUUGGUCAAAAGCUCUAGGCUUAAAGUGAGUGGGUUUGGUCAAAAGCUAUAGGCUUAAAGUGAGUGGGUUUGGUCAAAAGCUAUAGGCUUAAAGUGAGUGGGUUUGGUCAAAAGCUCUAGGCUUAAAGUGAGUGGGUUUAGUCAAAAGCCAUAAGCUUAAAGUGAGUGGGUUUCGUCAAAAGCUAUAGGCUUAAAGUGAGUGGGUUUGGUCAAAAGCUAUAGGCUUAAAGUGAGUGGGUUUGGUCAAAAGCUCUAGGCUUAAAGUGAGUGGGUUUGGUCAAAAGCUAUAGGCUUAAAGUAAGUGGGUUUGGUCAAAAGCUAUAGGCUUAAAGUGAGUGGGUUUGGUCAAAAGCUAUAGGCUUAAAGUGAGUGGGUUUGGUCAAUAGCUCUAGGCUUAAAGUGAGAGGGUUUGGUCAAAAGCUCUAGGCUUAAAGUGAGUGGGUUUGGUCAAAAGCUCUAGGCUUAAGGUGAGUGGGUUUGGUCAAAAGCUAUAGGCUUAAAGUGAGUGGGUUUGGUCAAAAGCUAUAGGCUUAAAGUGAGUGGGUUUGGUCAAAAGCUCUAGGCUUAAGGUGAGUGGGUUUGGUCAAAAGCUCUAGGCUUAAGGUGAGUGGGUUUGGUCAAAAGCUAUAGGCUUAAAGUGAGUGGGUUUUGUCAAAAGCUCUAGGCUUAAGGUGAGUGGGUUAGGUCAAAAGCUAUAGGCUUAACUCUCUGCAGUCUGACCAUUUUUUCACUUUUCGGGAAAAUGACACAGUGACAUUUUCAUUUUAUUUUAAAAAAUGAUUUUUAACUCUGAUGUUUUAAAUCCCCUUUAACAAUGUGUUCAGUCUUAAAUGAACUAUCAUAAUAUAUUUUAAAAUUUAUCUUUUACUUUUAAAAAAAAAAGAUAAUACAAAUUUUUUGGACUAAUUUUUUUUUGUAAAACCAAUUAUUUUCACCAAAAAUUCAAACAGUAAGAAGGAAAGAAAAAAGCCUGCAAUAAAUUCAUUUGUUUUUUAUUUAAAUAUGAAACUAUUUCCAAUUACACAAACCAUACUCUAGUAUGGCUAUAUUUCUUAAAGAAAUAAAAAAGUUAUAAUUUUUUUUACGACAUAUAUAAUUUUGUAAAAAAAAAUAAAAAAUUAUCCAUUUAAAAAAAAAAAAUAGAUAAAUAAAAUUUCAUUACAAAUUUUGUUACAAAGUAAAUAUGAAUAAGGAAAUUGACUCCUUGCAAUAAUUACACAAUUUUAUAUAUAUUUGUACUGAAACAUGAUCAUUAUGUUUUUGACAAAAUUUCUUUUAAUUUUUUAAUCGAAUAGUAGGAUUAGAUAACAGUUCUUGUCCUAAAAAUAUUAAUAUUAUGCUAUGAAGAGCUAAGAGGAUGAUCAAGCAAUAAACAGUUCCUCUUUAAAUUAAAACAAAAAUGAUUAUCACAAGUUUUACACUUAUAUUGAGAUCUUCUAACUAGUUUUUUUAGUCUAUAACAUCUAAAGCAAUUUCUUCUCAAAUUUGUGGGACAUGGAACAACACAAUGUUCCCCAAUAGGUAAAAUGGUUUUAAAUAAAGGAAUAUUCAUUGCUUUGGUAAUGCUUGCUAAUUCUUUUAUUAAUUCUAUUGUAAAAUCUAACUGAGAGUAUCUUUUGUGUCUAAACAGUACUUUGAAAUCAGAAUUAAUUUUUCUAUAUUCUUGAAAUAAAACAAAUGAGUUAACCCUAGCUAUGUCUAAAAAAUGAUACAGCAAAGUCUUCCAGAAUUUAUUAGUUUUUCUCAAUACUUUAUAUUUCCCUAUCAUCUGAUCUGAUCUGUCUACUCCCCCCAUGUAUUUAUUAUAAUCCUUGACUACUCCUGGCUGAUUAACUUCAAAAUGCUGAAACUCAUUAUUUAUCUUCACUCACCUAGAACAAACAAAUCUUUCUGAUAAGGUUUUAUGCAUUGUUGUUAAAAUACUAACUAACUUAUUAUCUUUCCACUGAACUAAUCCCAUAUUUCCCAUUCUAAUCCAUCUCAUUUUCCCCCCUCACCCUUUUUAAUAAAAUCUUUUGUAUUCUUAAAAUGUACAGGUAAAUCUUUUCUAUUCAUCAAUAUUGUACCACAUGCCACUACUUUUUCCCUCAACAAACUUAAAAAUAAUUGUAGAGAACUAUAAAAAUUAUCCAUGAACAGCCUAUACCCUUGACCAAAAAUCUGACUACACAGUUCCAUUACAACAUUAUAAGCUAAGCCAUAUUUAAAUUUAACCCCAUUAACUGUCUUCCCUGUGUAAACCUGAUAGUUAAAAGUAUAUCCAGUUAUUGAAUCAGCUAAAACCCAAAUUUUCAUCCCCCAUUUAGUUGGUUUAUCUUUAAUGUAUUGUCUAAAACUGUACCUACCCUUAUUUUGAACCAUUCUUUCAUCUACACUAACAUAUUUAUUUGGCUGCCAAUAUUUCAUACACUUACGUCUAAGAAUGUCAUGUAAAAACCUAACUUUAGUAAGCUUAUCUUGUCUAUUUUCAGUUUCUGGAUUGGAUACUUUUAAAAAACAUUGGAUUUGCUUAAAUCUAUACCUUGUCAUAAAUGCCCUUGCCCAGAGACCAUGAAAUAGUACUUUUUUGGACCAAUAAUAGUUAAUACUUGGGGCCUGUACAAUACUCAUGUACAUCAAAAGAGAAAAGAAAACAUAUAAUUCUAAAGGGGUAAUACAUUUCCAAUAUUUUGAAUAAGAAGGCUUGAGCUGAGCUUGGGCUGUCGCGUAGUCAUUAGUAAAGUUGCAAAUUUGCCUCAUCACUUCAUCACAAAAAAAUAAUUUAAAGAAUGAACCUGUAAAGUAAAAUAUCACUGGAUUAAUUAUAAUAUAAUUUAAGUAAAAGGAAAUAAUUUUAAAUAUUUCUUCACAUAAAGUUUUAACUUAUUAUCAAAUAAAUCAAACAGGUUUAAAAUAAUAUUAAUUAAAAAACGAGUUCAUCACUUCUACUUUAACAUUCCAAUAAUAAAAUAAAAGUAGAUCAAACCUUACCAACUGUGCUGUAUUUCAGUAACUCUCGUCUUGUCUCUGGUUCAGAAUCUGUGAAAAGGUGAAGUCCAGGUUUCCUUGGAGGGAGGAAUUUUGGAAUAUGGUCUGUGGGUCCAUCAUCUACAUCCCCAUAACUCUUAUCCCCAUCAUGGGCUGAGAUAAUAUCCACUGGUUGACUGUAAAUAAAAAAUUGUAAUACCAUUGUUACUAAUAUUCUAAUUAUGUUGUCUAAAUCUUAAGUCUACUACUAAUACUAAUAGUAUACAACAAAUAAUAAUACUAAUAAAAAAUACUGAACAAUAUUAAUAAUAAAUAGAUUUUAAAAUUAAAAUGUUAAUAAAGAAGAUGAACCCUAGAGGUUAUAAAUUAAUAAAAUUGCGAUUACUUUCAAAUCAAUGUUAAUACUUUUACUUAUAAUUGCGUAAUCUAUAGUAUUACUGGCAAAAGAUAUAGCAAGAUAUCGGAACACCAUUUCACCGGAAGAGUGUUUACGCUUAGUCGUAGCCAUUCUAUUUAAAUGUAUUUAAAAUGUAUUUUAAAUUUAUUUACUUCUAAUUAAAAUGUUUGAAUGCGUAUAUAUUAUAAUUUUUUUAAAAAUAAAAAUAUAAAAUUAUCGUAUGGUAGAUUUUACAACAAUUUUUAAAAUCAGAAAUUUAUUUUUUUCAAAAUCUUACUUGUUUCCGAUAGUGUUAGGUAACACAUUUUCAUCAAAAUCUUCGUUAUUAUCUUCCAUUUCUUCAUCAUCAGGUUCCCAUUCUUCAGAAGAAGAAAUUUCUUCUUCAUUCAUAUCAGAAUCGGACUUAUCGGAUGACAUUUUGAUUUUUAAUUAAUUUUUUAGCUCAUGAAGUCACGACAUGUGUUUUCGAAAGAAAAAACAGGAAAACAAGAAAGUUACAUAAAAAAAAAGUUUCGAUUUUUUUUAAAAAUUUAAAUAGUUAAUUCAAAUUUUGUAUUUUGUAUUUUUUUAUAACAAAUUUAACCAAUUAUGGUAAUAAUGAAACAAAAAAACAACAAAUUUUGUAUAAAAACUUGAUUUUUAAAAAAUGAAGUAGAUACCAACAAAAUCCAUGGUACAUAUAUGUACCAUUUCUCUAUAGUCGGACUGCAGAGAGUUAAAGUGAGUGGGUUUGGUCAAAAGCUCUAGGCUUAAGGUGAGUGGGUUUGGUCAAAAGCUCUAGGCUUAAGGUGAGUGGGUUUGGUCGAGUUGCAGUGACGGCUGAGCAUCCCAUGGCAUGUGUUAAUUCUAAAAGGAAAAACUGUUAUGAUUGGGACACCAGACACAGACUCCUGACUUCACUCUUUUAAGCCGCCAUACACACAACCACACACAGUUACCUGUGGCGGGAAUCUUUUAUUUCUAGGAGCGACACACCUACCAGACCCGGCAUCAGUUGUUCAAUCAACAUUCACACACCUACCAGACCCGGCAUCAGUUGUUCAAUCAACAUUCACACACCUACCAGACCCGGCAUCAGUUGUUCAAUCAACAUUCACACACCUACCAGACCCGGCAUCAGUUGUUCAGUCAACAUUCACACACGUACCAGACCCGGCAUCAGUUGUUCAAUCAACAUUUUUUAUUAUGAGUCACAUACAAUUAAUUGGUGAUCCGUCUGGCUUAUAUGAAAAGUGUCAUUAUAUUUUUGAAGCAAUUUUCUUGAGUUACUUCUUAAGUUACUUCUUAAAUUACUUCUUGAGCUACUUCUUGAGUUACCUUUUGAGUUAUUUUUUGAGUUUCUUCUUGAGUUACUUUUUGAGGUACUACUUGUCAUGUCACAUCAGCUGUCCCUGUCUAGACUGUUGGCAUCAGCACAUGUCAUAUCAGCUGCCCCUGUCUUAAGUGCGGGCAUCAGUGCAUGUCACAUCAGCUGCCCUGCUUAAACUGCUGACAUCAGUCCACGUCACAACAGCUGUCACUUAUAGCGCACAUACACCCAUUGACCUACCUAACAUAAAUCCAUGAUUUGUUUACAGAUUUGAAAUCUAUGACGUCAGUCACGUCAAGUCUAAACUCAUCGGGUACACCUACAUACUUCCGGUGGGCAAGUGGCGCUCCAGGCAGAAGGUGGGUCAGACAAAAUGGAGAACUGGAUAAUUGGAUAAUUUUAAAAGAUGUUAAAAUAACCUCACAACAUUUUAUAUGCAAGGAUUGGCGUUGUAAAACAAAAUAAUUAGGUCAACGUAUCAAUAUGUCAUGGAUAAUAAGUCUAAUUGAUGGAUUAUAAGUAGAUUUUAAAGAAAUAAAACACGCAUACAUUUAAUAAGAGUCAAGAUAUUAAGGGAAACAUUUUUCUGUUUGUCAGAAAUUUUUGGCAUUUCCUUUUUUAGUUUACUUUUUACCUUCAAUGGAUCAAAACAAAAUUCAUAUGAGGCUUUGCAGUUUUAUGAAACUUUGUAAGGUAUCUAUCACUGGGCUCUAUCCAUUCUUGGUAUCUAUCGCUGGGCUCUAUCCAUUCUUGGUAUCUAUCACUGGGCUCUAUCCAUUCUUGGUAUCUAUCGCUGGGCUCUAUCUAUUCUUGGUAUCUAUCACUGGGCUCUAUCCAUUCUUGGUAUCUAUCGCUGGGCCUAUCCAUUCUUGGUACCUAUCGCUGGGCUCUAUCUAUUCUUGGUAUCUAUCGCUGGGCUCUAUCCAUUCUUGGUAUCUAUCGCUGGGUUCUAUCCAUUCUUGGUAUCUAUCGCUGGGUUCUAUCCAUUCUUGGUAUCUAUCGCUGGGCUCUAUCCAUUCUUGGUAUCUAUCGCUGGGCUCUAUCCAUUCUUGGUAUCUAUCACUGGGUUCUAUCCAUUCUUGGUAUCUAUCGCUGGGCUCUAUCCAUUCUUGGUAUCUAUCGCUGGGUUCUAUCCAUUCUUGGUAUCUAUCGCUGGGCUCUAUCCAUUCUUGGUAUCUAUCGCUGGGCUCUAUCCAUUCUUGGUAUCUAUCGCUGGGCUCUAUCCAUUCUUGGUAUCUAUCGCUGGGCUCUAUCCAUUCUUGGUAUCUAUCGCUGGGCUCUAUCCAUUCUUGGUAUCUAUCGCUGGGCUCUAUCCAUUCUUGGUAUCUAUCGCUGGGCUCUAUCCAUUCUUGGUAUCUAUCGCUGGGCUCUAUCCAUUCUUGGUAUCUAUCGCUGGGCUCUAUCCAUUCUUGGUACCUAUCGCUGGGCUCUAUCCAUUCUUGGUAUCUAUCGCUGGGCUCUAUCCAUUCUUGGUAUCUAUCGUUGGGCUCUAUCCAUUCUUGGUAUUUAUCACACAGCUCUUAAAAAUUCUUUGUAUCUAUCGCAGGACUCUUAUCAAUUCUUGGUAUCUAUCGCAGGACUCUUAUCAAUUCUUGGUAUCUAUCGCUGGGCUCUUAUCAAUUCUUGGUAUCUAUCGCAGGACUCUUAUCAAUUCUUGGUACUUAUCACAGGACUCUUGUCAAUUAUUUGGAUCUAUCGCAGGGCUCUGAUCAAUUCUUGUUGAAACCGGGAGGUCUCGAUGUGAUGGGUAUGUCCUUCUUCCCCCAAAAAUUCCUUUACUGUACUCUAUGCACGUACGUACUGACCGCAUGUGACUAUCAGUUACACAAGAUGUCCCCAAACAUUUUUGACCUGUAAACCACUUGCUUUGUGUUUUUCGGUUUUGGGUAGACCCACUGCUUACCUGAUAUAGAUUUUUUGCAAAUUCAUUAACUUCCAAUGUAUUUUUGACAUCCGGUACAGUGCUACUCACUUUGAAAGAUUUACGUUUACAACGGUACUGAAGUGUAGUGGGAAAAACUUUAAAAAAACAAAACAUGUUAAGUUGUAUACAUAUAUUAGUUAAAUUCAUAUUAAAACGAACCAAAUAAAACAUUUACUUUCUGUUACAUAAAACAACUAAGCAAAAAAUAAAUGCUUUCAGUGUGAGGGAUGAACCUGGUGCUUUAAUGAUAUAAAUGAAAGGACUGCUUUCAAGCUGAGUAAAUGAAUGAAAUAGCGAAACGAGGUAUGUGGAAGCUUGAAAUAAGAUAAAAGGACAAAAAACAAGGACGUUUCGGCAUAAAGCCUUCCUCAGCCAACAAUGGAAAUGAAAAUAUAACAAAGAAAAGAGCACAGUAGACAACUCAACUUGUUUUUUGUCCUGUUAUCUUAUUUCAAGCUUCCACAUACCUCGUUUCGCUAUUUCAUUCAUUUGCUUUGAUGAUACAUCUUCAACAUUUGGCCACAAUUUAGUUGGGUUUAAUCCCAAAUCUCCUCGGUUAAUGAUGUCUAGUUGGUUUCUUUUUUUUUUGUUUGUUAGGAGAUUGUAACUACGCUGAAACCUCUUUCCAAUAGGAGCUGCGGGAAACUGCUAGUUUAUAAUAAUUCUUAAACAGCUUCAUAGAUCAGAAAAUAGAAUUAACUUAAAUUUUAAUAUAAUUCUUAAUCACGUUUCAUGAAUAUUAAUGUUUUUUUUUUAAAUUUUACUUCAUAGAUACUUUUACAAUUUAUGUAGGAAGAUAUGUCUUUACUUUAUAUUAGAAGGCAAUAUUAUGUAAGAAAAUAGGUACUAUCUCUGUAUGUUUAUUAUUCCACUCAUUGAAUGCCAAAAAAGAAGUCGAGACCUGCUUACGUGAGAUCUACUAUCGUUGACUGCCAUUUUCAUUUCAUGGACCCCCAAUUUUGUUUUCGCUGAAAUGAACCACUUGCAAGUUGUUGCCGACCCCCCAGGGGGUCGAUAUAGACCACUUUGGGAAUCCUCUGAGUUAUACGAUAACCAGUAGGCCUGCGAAUCUGUGUGUAAAAACAGUGGGUACGCCCUCGACAGGAAGACAGUUCAUAACGUCAUCAAUCCAAGACGAGGCUUGCCUCUAUAGACGCCGCCUUGUGUUCCAGGUGCUCAUCUACUGCAAAAACGGCAAAGAGAUAGGUCACCUGACUGUUGAUACCUUGUAUUUCACACCCAUCACCAGCCUCGCUAUGGAUAUGAAGGUGAGACAUGUGUUUUGGUAUGCUUUUCAAAUAUUCACAGCUGAACAACUGGAAAAAGGUUAUUUUCUUUAGGUCAAUUUUAAAACUAAACAACCCUUAAAAACAAUGUUUAAAAAUAAAAAAAUCCUUUAUAUAAUGUAAUACAUAGAAAUGGAUGGUGGUUUGGAAGGUUGACUGGGGGGGGGUGGUUGAAAAUUUGACAAAACAUCCAUUCAAGUAACGCACUCAAGUAAGAAUCCCAAUUAGUGUCCCCCCCCCCCCCCCCCCCCCCCCCCACCCCCCCCCCCCCCUGGGGGGGGUUGUUGAAAAUUUGACAAAAACUCCCAUCAAGUAACGCACUCAAGUAAAAAUCCCCAUUCGUGUCCCCCCCUCCCCCCCCCCCCGCAUCAAGGCUCACCACCGCAUAUUUUUUCAGCCCCCUGAACUCUAUUAAGAUUCUAAUGACCCACCCGCUUCUACGCCAUAGAUUUAUUUCAUCAACUAUAUCAGAAAAACAAAAGAAAAUAUUACGCACCAAACGCACUUGCAAUAUUAAAAAAAAAUCAUUUAGCUCCGUUAUCGGGAAUUUUAUUUCAUUUUCCCCUUGAAAAAUAGGAUUUUAAAAAUAUUUUUGACGGUUGAGUACGGGGUUGGGGCCAAAAAAUUGGCUGAAUUUUUUGUCAAGGACAGCGAGUCUCUAUGCCAAAUUUCACCUCGAAAUGACGACGAAAAGGGGGUCAUUUAGCCGUCCGAAGAUCUUAGCCAGUCUGCCAUCCAGCCACCCACAAACAAAACCGAAGUUAAUGAAAAGGAUUUGAAAAUAAGUGUCAUUUGCACAAUUCGGUUGAUUUAAAAAAAAUGAUGUUAACCUGAUUAAAAACUUAGCUGGCAAAUGGCCAACAACCGUCACAUCAGUCUAUUUUGUUAAGUCUUCAGAGCGUCAAUUCUCUCCUUGGCUUAGGGGAUUUCAGACACAUUACUAUCUGGCUACACCUGACUUGCAAAAAAGAUUUUUAAAAAAACAUUCUAUGAUCCGUAAGUCAUUUAAAACAAAUUAUUAAUAACGUCACAAUCACAUUUUUCGGUACGUUCCAUAGACCAAGACAACCUUUUUAAAACCUUGACUUUCAAACCGAUAUUUUUGAUCAAACCGUCCCACUUCGCAUCGCUCGAGCCUGCUCCACUUAUUAUAUCAUCAUUUCUAACACUAGCCUCGACAUAUACAUAUUUUGUUAUGCUCUACCUUCUAGAUAAGCUAUCAGAACCACUGGAAAAUGGAAAAUAGACACAGGAGAUCAACUGAAGGCACAGAUUACGUAUUAGGUCCAAAUUUCCCGUGA